CCCAAUCCACCACCUGAUUCUACCUACAAAAUACAAAGCGCGAGCGUACAGCGUACAGACGUAAAUUAAUUCAACACAUAGUGUUUCAAAGUAAUAGCCAUUUGUGAAGAAAUUUGCAAGCAUGACAGAUAACAAGAACGAUAAAGCAAAAGUCGAUCUUGGUUUACUCGAAGAAGACGACGAGUUCGAGGAAUUUCCCGCGGAAGAUUGGACCGCGAAAGAUGAAGAUAGCGAGGACAUCAGUGUUUGGGAGGAUAAUUGGGACGAUGACGACGUUGAAGACGAUUUCAAUCAACAGCUAAGAGCACAACUAGAGAAACAGAAAGCAAAUGAAACCAAGGAAAGUUAAUUAGAUAAUAUUCAUUAAUAUUCAUUAAUUUUAUUAUCUUAUAUAAUAAACAUGUAAUUAAAUAUUAAGUCUGUGUAUACGUUUAAAUCUUACGUUACUUCUUGCAAUUUUGCAAUCUUUGGAAUGUAAUAAUAAAGCUGUAAUUUGUAUA